UUUCUAGGACUGCUUCCGCUAGGUAUAUUUGCUGCUCUUACCUAACCCUUACUCGAUGCCAUUCUCUGCGAAGUUUAAACAAAAAGAAGCAGCAAAACCGGGAAAAUUUUAUUGUUGAUACUUAUGCAAUAACUAUAUAAUUCCAUCAACAACAAAUAAUAGUAUCAAAUAAGGGUUAGAUAAAAGCAGUAAAUAUACAUACCUAGCGGAAGCAGUCCUAGAAAAUUUGAGUUACGUGACGUUUUGCUGCCGCAGCGUGCUGCUGUAUGAAAAGGUUUAAAGGUUAUACGACACAAAGCUUAUCAUACUGACCUACUUUGAAUAGACUGUGGAUUAAUUAUCGGUUCGUAGAAACAUUUCUGGUGAUUCUUCAUAUCAAUUAUCAUGGAGACUGUUAAACACUUGUGGAAUGUUAAUCAGUUUAUGACAAAAUUGAGGAGUCCAUUGAUCACGAAGCUACAAACGUUUUAUAUAUACAAAUGUAAAAAAAAGUUCAGCAAUGAAGUUGAAUUAUCAAAAGCAAAUUUUGGACCAUCAACAAUGUGUUCGUAUUGCGGAUCAUUGUGGAACACUGUUGAUCAUCAAAUCCGGAUAUCAUGCAGUAGAAAAAUGUCUAAAUCAGUAAGAAAAAUUGUGCGGCACAUGAAUGAGUUUCCAAAUCAGAAAAUACCAAAAGUUCGUGCUACAUUGGUAAAGAAAGCUAUAGAAAAUGAAAUGAAUAAAUUGAUUAUUAAAUGUUCUGUUUGUUUUAAAAACACAAUGCUGUCUUUCAAAAAAGAAAGUCGACUGAACCCAAUACUUGAAGCAAGCAAGUCACAAAUAGAAAUAGUACAAACUAACCAUAAGAAGAAAAAGAAGAGAUCUAAAGAUAAAACUGCUGGUUUAAAACUUUCAGGUGGUAUAGCUGAAUCACCAUUAAUUAAGAAAGAUAAUAAUAAAACAUUUUCACAUUUAGCUAUUGUAACAUCUAAAAUAAACAAUAACAAGAUAUUACCUACUUCUAAUACAAAAAUCAGAAAAUUUAAUAUAGAACGAUUAAGAACUAUCAUAGAAAGUAGCGAAAAGCACAGGAACCAACUAGCAACAAAUAGCAAAAAGAGAAACAGUUUACAUGAUUUUCUAAUAGAAUUAUGAAAAAAUAAAUAAAAAUAUAAAUUUAUAAAUUUGGUCCAGAUAAAUACUUAUACAGUUAUACACAUACAUUUUUUUAAAUCAAAUUAAAAUGUACAAAAUUUAUUUUACUGAAGAUAAAAAUGUCUUCUAGCACAUCAAAAAUUCAAAGAAAAAGUUUAAAUAGAUGAGAUGACAUUUAGAUUCUUUGAUUACAUUUCUUUUUCUA